UGUGCCUCUGAGAGAGAGCCGUCAGUGCACCAUGGGGAUGUGGCCGACAGCAGCUUGGGCCCAACUGGGCCUUGUGCUGCUUUACGUGGCAACGUCCAUUCCGUUCUUGAUCGAUAUGCGCGCAAUCCCUCGCACCAACACGUGCGGCAUGACGUACUCAGCUCCCAUCUACAAGACACUGCCGUUCCACUCCAUCGACGCGACGAUGGCGCAUACGUAUGCCAAGUACACGUUCGCGCAACUGUUCAUGGACGGAGAUGGCCGCCACCACGACAAACAGUCGCAAUCACCAUCGGGGAUGCCCAUGCUGUUUGUGCCAGGUCACCUCGGUAGCUACAAGCAAGCCCGGUCGCUCGGCCAGCACCUGGCCAACCUGCACGCUGACAUCGACCUCUUCCUCGUCGAUUUCAACGAAGAAGCCACAGGCAUGGCGGGCCAAUUUGUCCUCGAGCAAGGAUUUUUCGUCAACGAAGCUGUGAAGGAAAUCCUUGCUCUGUACAAGGACUUGCCAGAGGACCGACGACCGACCUCUGUCGUGGUCGUAGGGCACUCCAUGGGUGGCAUCGUGACCCGCACCGCGUUGACCUUGCCCAACUACAAGGCUCAGUCGAUCUUGACCAUCGUGACGCUCAGCACGCCGCACGUGGCGCCGCCAUUCAACCUGGACGCGUCCAUGAUGGCCGUCUACUCGACCGUGAACUCCCGCUUCUGCCCGACGUCUUCCGUCAACGGCACAACCUUGGCGUCAUGCCGGAAUCAUGCAGUCGUGAUAGUGUCGCUGGCCGGGGGGCUCAAGGACUUUGUGGUGCACUCGUCGCUGGCCGCAAUCGGCCACGCCAUCCCAACGACCAACGGAUUCGCCGCCCUCACGUCCCUCCUUCCUGCAGUCAAUGCUUCGAUGGACCACCUGUGCAUCCUCUGGUGUCAUCAAUUCAUGGAGGCUCUCUCGGCCGCGCUCGUCCAGCUCAUCGACCCGACGACGCACCAGCUGCGCCAGAGCCCUGCCGACCGUCUCGCGGUCCUGCGUGAAGCGCUUCUCGGCCCAAAUCAUGCCGUACAGGACCACCACGUGGCCCGAGGGUUUACCAGCGACGAGGUGAUGGAAACCGGCGGCAUCUUAUCCUUCGAGCUGGCAUUGUACCUCUUCCGCACGCAGUACCUCGUGCCGUUCCCGCUCUUGGCCUUGGUCGCACUCGCGAUGCUCACGACGCAAGUGGAGCGGUGGCAGCACGAUCCCGACGGGUUCACGAACCCGACCUUCCUAGCUCUGCUGUCACCUGCCGCGCAUUGGUCAUCACUGUUUCACCAUGGCCUGCGCCAGGCCCACCUCGACGGUCAUUCCAAACCUGUCCAAGCUGCCGCCGUGGCGGCCAUCGCUGUGGCCGUCGGGGCCGCGGCAUACGCCGUGGAUUUGUUAUACUCGGCGUUCAUCCUCAUCCUAUGCUAUCUGUACCUCCUGGGCUUUCUGCAUCUCGUGACGGUGCUCAUGGCGACAUUUGUGCCCGACCGCGUCCUGCUGCCGGCGCGACUGCUGAACGUCUUUAGUUCGCGAAUGGCGCUGACGAUCUUGGCGAGUUUGGUGGUCGCGGGGGGCCACGUUGUGUUCCAAGUGGGGUUUGAUGCGACCCGGGAGCUCGCGCUCGUGGUGGUAGCCUUCCUGGCAGUGCAUGUCGUCCAAGUGGUGUCCGUCCUCCUCCUCCCGGCAACGUCGCGGUCCCCGCACCACGUGACGUACCAGCGCACGCUGUUUGCAUUUUACUUUGGUGUGUCGCCGUGCUGGAUCGGCGACGUCGUGUAUUUUGUUGAUGUCGUGCACUUCCCCCGUCCCGUCGACUUUGCAUUCGUCGUGCACGUUCUGCGGUCGCUCGCGCUGCUUUUCCCAUGCUUGAUCCAUGUGUACCUGGCGCGGCAAUGGAUGUUUCCGCUGCCGCCAGACGCCGUCUUCGCGCGGCUCCAAGGAGUCCGCCCCAGCUCGUCGGCCAUCGUGACCGCUGACCAGUGCCCCGACUGUUUUGUCGAAGACGGCGGCGACGGCGCGAUCUUUGAAGAAGUGGACACUCCUAACACGAUCCAUCUCUCGGCCAACGUUGUUGUCGGCCCGACCUUCCGCGUCGUUUCAUGCGAUUGCGGGCUGCGAAAUGUGCCAUCCCGCGACUUUUGCGCAUUCUGCAAGCGCCUCUGUGUGACGUGUGGUGGCGGCGAAGGCGCGCGGCGCCACGCGCACAUGUUCCGUGAAUACAUGGCUAGCGUACAAGACCAAGUGGUAGCGCAUCAAGGGAUCCCGCUCGUCCUCUGGCUCAUCCUCGUCAUUGGGUUUGCCCUCGUCGCCCAGACGCCACACUUGUUGCUGUACGUGGGAACGGCUGUCGCGACCAUCUUUUCAAUUUACCACGCGGGGCUGCGGGGACCGCUGGACGGACUGCAUGCCGCGGCGGCCGCAUCGUCCACACCAUGGAUGGAAGAGUCGCGCCAGUAGAAGGAAUCACACCCUCCUGUCCAUGGUGAAUGGCCCCACAAUAGAGAUUUAUUCCUGGAUC